CACCCUAACAACUACAGAACAGUCUACCACCCCAACAACUACAGAACAGCCUACCACCCCAACAACUACAGAACAGCCUACCACCACAACAACUUCAGAAUCUGUAGUCACACGUCCAGAAUCUACAACAACUUUUUUCUCUGUCAGUACGCAGGGUUUACUAACAUGUUUUUGCAAGUACAUGAAUCAAUCUUUCCCUCCUGAUACUUACAUCUACAAUAAAACCGAUGGAAGCGGUUGGUGCUUCACGUCCUUCUGCAAUGUGACAUGUCAUGUUGAGAAGCAUGCCACGCUAUGUAUUUCCACCACUCCUCCCCCUCCUCCUCCAACCACAACCAGUCCUCCUCCUUCAACCACAACCAGCCAGAGCACCACUGAAGAAAAUAGCUCAUUUACAACGCCUCCUCCGAAGAACUGUGACUUUCUUACACCUCCCAGAAAGCAUGGGGAGUCCUGGAGGUCUGAAAAAAACUGUUACACUGAUACAUGUCAAAUUGGACAAAUACAACGUGUACACGUAGACUGUCCACCCGCCGUUAGACCUGUGUGCGUAAACGGCUACCAACCAAAGAAGAUUUACGACCACAGUGGCUGUUGUUUCCAAUAUCAUUGCAAAUGUGAAUGCUUGGGCUGGGGUGAUCCUCAUUACAUCACAUUUGAUGGGAAAUAUUACAGUUUUCAGGAAAACUGCACAUAUGUUUUGGUGAAGGAAAUUGUUCCGCGUCACAAUUUUACCAUAGUUGUCGACAAUGAAAAUUGUGGUACCAAUACUCGAAUGGCAACUUGUACUCACUCAAUGACUGUGUUUUACAAAACGUACGAGAUCGUCCUCACACAGGAGAGGUCCCAAAAGACUGUGAACAUGGUACAUCUGAAUGGAAGACAAGUAUUCCCACCUUUUUCAAACAAUGACUUUGAAAUCAGAAGCACUGUUAUCCAAAUGACAGUGAAAAUACCAGAGAUUGAGGCGAUUGUGUGGUUCAAAGGGCUGUCUUUCUACGUUGACCUGCCCUAUUCUCACUUCCACAACAAUACAGAGGGGCAGUGCGGUACCUGUGACAAUGACCAAACAAAUGAUUGCAGACUUAGGAAUGGGGAGACUCAUCCCUCGUGUUAUGAGAUGGCUGCGGAUUGGGAAAUAGAAGUCAAUAAUAAACCGUAUUGUAAUGUCCCACCGACCCUCAACCUAACCACUCCAACACCUACACCUACUUUGUCAACUACUACAAACAAUUGCCCAUCUGUGCAAUUAUGUGAAAUUAUCAAGAGCAGCAUCUUUGAGGAGUGCCAUAAAAUAUUGUCCCCAAAUCCUUUCUACCUUGCCUGUCAAUAUGAUGGUUGCCAUACGACAGUUGAAGGCGGCUGCGCUAGUUUGGAGAUGUACGCAGAAUUGUGUGCAUCAGAAAUGGUCUGCAUAGACUGGAGACCUUCUACAAGUGGAAUGUGUGAAUAUCCAUGUUCAGGCAAUAAGGUCUACAACGCAUGUGGUCCAGCUAUUUUCCGAACAUGUGAUUCAAGAUACAAUCAGAAAUUUGUGGAUCGAUGCAAUGGAGACUCCAGUCUUGUCGAUCCCAGUUGUAAUAUUCCCACAGAGGGGUGCUUCUGUCCCGAAGGGACCACCCAUUAUGGAACAAACUCUGAGGCCUGUGUGAAAUCCUGUUGUUCCGGGCCCGAUGGCCAACCCAAAAAGCUUGGGGAGAAGUGGCGAACGGGUUGCCAGGAGUGUGUCUGUACUCAGGACAACUAUGAGAUUCAGUGUUUCAACAUCACUUGUGAGGUGCAAGAGCCUGUGCCCUGCGACCAGCCGGGGGAGGAGCUUGUGACGAUCAGUGUGGACUGCUGUGACGAGUUUGAGUGUCGUUGUAAUGUGAAACUCUGUGUGAUGCCAACUCUCCAUUGUGCGCUUGGAUUUGUGCCUGUGAUGAGUUCAUUCAAUGAAACAUGCUGCCCCAAUUAUAAUUGUGUACCCACACCAAACUGUGUCUACAAUGACACAUUGUACAAGCCAGGCGCUGCAUUCUUCAAAUCCCCGUGUGAGCACUGCUACUGUCUAGACGCUAUUGAUCCAACCAGCAAGCUGAAAGCCGUAGCCUGCUCCACAACUGGUUGCGACCCUCAGUGUCCACUGGGGUCAGUUUAUGAAAGUGUGGCAGACCAAUGUUGUGGAACAUGUAAAAGGACGAAUUGUGUGGUUGAGCUUCCAGAUAACUCCACUCAAAUCGUAGCGCCUUCCACAACCUGGUCACCUCCAGGCAAUAACUGCACCAAGUAUGAGUGUGUCCAGCCGGGGUUGAGCCUGAUUGAGACAAACGUUCAGUGUGCUGACUUUGACCCAGAGAACUGCAUUCCUGGAACGGAGAGAAGUGAAAAAGAUGGCUGCUGCAAAACAUGCACUCCCAUUUACAGUUGCAAAAUGAAGAAAAACACCACCUAUCUUCAUAUUGAAGACUGCCAAUCCACGGUGCAAGUGGAGAUUACAGCCUGCCAGGGAUCCUGCGGAACCUCCUCAAUGUAUUCAGAGGAGAAUAAUGCCUUUGUGCACACGUGUACCUGUUGUCAAGAAGUUUCUACCAUCACGAAGCAGGUGGAGGUGACCUGUUCCGACGGCCAGAAGAAAACAAAGUCCUACGUUUCUAUUGACAAGUGUGGUUGUAAUGAAACUCAGUGUCUCUAAUGGAAUGAAACCACGAUACAAACAUCAUUCUUUGGUUUUCAGUCAUUAUUAUGCUUCUAUUCUACAGUUAGGAAACCUUAAUUUCCCCCUAAACCAUUGAAAAUACCCUUGCGUAUUGGGUAAUACUCAAUGUCUUUGAGUCAUUUAAACUUUUUUUGACUAACGAUAUAAUUACAAAUGACAUAGUCUGUUUAAAUGUAAACUGACCUUUCUUUUACAUUGUCUUUCAUAGGUUUUAGAUCAACUUUUUGUCAUGGAAAUUACAAAAGGUAUCUGGUUGUUUGGUGUUUGUUUGUCUGUGUUUCAAACUGCUAUCAUUAAAAAAACUUUGAUCAACCAUUA